AACCUACAUUACAUCGUGAUUUUCAUUUUCGUCUCGUUCUUCAGCAACACCGCCAUCGUAGACCUUCUUUGACCAUCUCAAUACAUCGGUCGGUAAACCAAUUUACGACAAUAAAAAAAGUGAACUCGUCAACCGUUACAUGUGACAUUCAAGACGAUAACGUAUUCAUUCAUCGAGCCCAGCCAUAAAUUCAUCUACCGUACCUGCACAGUGCACACACAAUAUCCGAACGCAUCAUUGUUUAUGCUUCUAUUGUAAAAAAUUCCAUCGAUUGUGCAUGAUUUUGUAUAGAUAAGUGAGGGCAGUCCAGCAUGUAAAAAUAUUUACACAAAUUAAUUCUUCAAAAAAAUAAAAUUACAAUCCAGGUCAAGGUGUUGAAGGAAAUCAGAGCACAUACGUGUAAACGCCAAACGGCGAAGAACCAGCGUCUAUAGGUAGGUACCUAUGCAGGUGUGAAAAUCAACGCGUAGAUAUCUACAUCUCUACGUAUACCUAGCUAGACUACCUACGAGUACCUAAAUGAAAGCGACGAAUCGCGUGAAACGGACAUACACGAAAAAUCAUUUGAUUGAGGCUUAUUUCAUACAGUCAUUUUGAUUGUCCAUCGCGUCCGCGACAAACGCAUCAAUGAGUACUUCAUUCGUAUUACACUUGGUUAGAUUACGCGGUCUUCGCAAGGACGAACCAUGCGAAUCAUCUUCGAUCUUAUGUUACCGAUGUAGAAUUGAUCAUUUUUCAUGUACUGACGUGCAACGGCCGGCGAGAGCAUGCAGAAACACGUUUUAACAACAUUGCUGAUUGCUCAACUACAAAAUACGCUGGUUAUAUCGCAAUCGAAACAAUUCGCCGAAGAAAUGUCUUUCGUGCCGACUACUUUCUUUCAAAGCUGGCAAAGUCAAGUACAACAGAGUCCUUUGAAUAUGCUGAGCCCGUUGCUGAGUCCGCUGUUUUCACAAUUCGCAGCCGUUAGUAAGAAAGGCACCAGUACGGCGGUAUCCAGUUUACUGACAGAAUCCGAUACCGGUGACAAUGUUCACGUAUCAUCGCCGAAUGAAAACACGAGUAAUAUAGUUAAUCAGUCGAAUACCGAAACGCAUGAUAAAGUUAUUACAGCGAGUAAUUCAUACAACGGGCAUACUAAUAGUUCGCCUGCCGUAGAAUAUUUGCCAACGAUUGCCGCACCAUUUCUCGACUCUUUGGCUCAUGGUAUUAUCGGAGGAUUACAACACCAUAUACAACUCAUUAAGCCAGGAACCAAAUGGUGCGGAGAUGGGAACAAAGCGAGAAGUUACGAAGAUGUUGGAGUUCUGUACAAAACGGAUAAAUGCUGCCGAAUGCACGAUAAAUGCCCGUAUUAUAUUUUGGCCAGGGAAUCGAAAUACGGUCUUUACAACGAUGGCCAUUUUACCAGAUCGCAUUGCGAUUGCGAUGCUUCGUUUUACGAUUGCUUAAAAAAGGUCAACUCACCAUUUUCCACCAGUGUAGGAAUCGCGUAUUUCAAUAUUUUGAAGAUGAGAUGCUUCAGGUUGGAAUACCCCAUCGUUAUGUGUUCACGAAUGGCUGGAUGGAUCUCGAAACACUGCGUUGAAUACGUCGUUGACAUGGCUAAGCAGAAGGAUUGGCAAUGGUUUGAUAAUCACGAAUUCCGAUGAUCUCAGUAAACAGGAACCAAAAGCUACGGGAGUUUGGCCACGAAAAACACC